AUGCCGCCUCCGUCAUUGAAUCCCACAAAAGUCCUGGACAUAGAUGUAAACACACCCGAUUUCCAUGUUGCCAGAGACCCUCGACUGGUACGACUGACCGGUGUCCAUCCGUUCAACGUCGAGGCUCCCCUCACAGCACUGUUUGACGAAGGAUUCCUCACUUCCCCAGAGCUCUUCUAUGUCCGGAACCAUGGAGCCGUGCCACAGGUUUCGGACGAGGAGAUUCCCGAUUGGGCCAUUUCCAUCGAAGGCCUGGUGGAGAACCCGAUCACCAUCACUUUCAAGCAGGUCCUGGAAAAGUACGAGCAAGUCACAGUGCCUAUCACGCUUGUGUGUGCCGGAAACCGAAGGAAGGAACAGAAUCAAGUACGGAAGUCACAGGGGUUCUCAUGGGGUGCUGCCGGUGUCUCGACGAGUUUGUUCACCGGGCCAAUGCUGGCCGAUAUCAUCGCGAAAGCGAAGCCGACGAGAAAGGCACGGUUUUUGUGCAUGGAAGGUGCGGAUCAGUUGCCCAACGGUAACUACGGAACCUCGAUAAAGCUCAGCUGGGUGAUGAACCGCGAGCGUGGUAUCAUGCUGGCUCACAAGAUGAACGGCACACCGCUGACACCGGACCACGGCCGUCCCAUCCGCGUCGUAAUACCCGGCCAAAUCGGCGGACGGAGUGUGAAAUGGCUGAAGCGCAUCAUCAUCACCGACAAACCCUCGGACAACUGGUACCACAAGUACGAUAAUCGGGUUCUUCCAACUAUGGUCACGCCCGAGAUGUCGAAGCAAGACGACAAAUGGUGGAACGACGAACGGUACGCUAUCUACGAUCUUUCGGUCAACUCGGCCAUCGCCUAUCCGCAAAACGACGAGACGCUGCUCCUCGGUGAAAAUUGCCCUGAGUUCUACCGGUUCAGGGGAUACGCGUACAGCGGAGGCAUGCGGAGGAUUACUCGUGUUGAAAUCUCGUUGGAUAAGGGUGCCACAUGGGAACUUGCCGACAUCAACUACCCCGAGGAUCUCUACAGAGAGACGGAGAAGGAACUUUAUGGUGGACGCCUCGACAUGGCAACGAGGGAUGCAUGCUACUGUUGGUGUUUCUGGGAACUCCCCAUUGCGGUCAACAGGCUCGUGAACGCGGAGGACGUGGUGGUCAGGGCAAUGGACGACAGCAUGACGAUACAACCUAGGGAUAUGUACUGGUCGGUCCUCGGCAUGAUGCAGAACUCGUGGUUCCGCAUCGCCAUCCAAAAAGAUUCUCAGGGCAUGCUCAAAUUCGAACAUCCCACGAUGCCAGCACUACAGCCUGGAGGUUGGAUGGAGAGAGUCAAGAAGGACGGCGGCGACUUCGGCAACGGAAACUGGGGGGAGAAGGUGAAGGGCCAACUCGAGGACUCCACCAUCACCCCCGAAGUCCCGAAGGAGGAAGUCAAGAUGACCAACGACGAUAUCAAGCGCAUCAUUGAGAUCGAAGAACUACGCCUGCACGACAACAAAGACGAGCCGUGGUUUGUUGUCAAGGGAGAGGUCUACGACGGUACACCCUUCUUGAAGGAACAUCCUGGAGGCGCUGUGAGCAUCAUCUCUGCUGCCGGACAGGACGCUACGGACGAGUUUGUGGGAAUCCAUUCGGAAUCUGCGAAGGCUAUGAUGCCGAAGUACCACGUCGGCACUCUGUCAUCUGCAGCACAAGAAGCACUUGCAAACAAAUCUACGGCCUCAGAUACCUCAUUGUCCAACAACGCAAUCUUCUUAAACCCACGAUCAUGGCGUUGCGCCACUCUUAUUUCCAAGCGUGAAGUCUCUUGGGACACAAGAAUUUUUACCUUUUCCCUCGACCAUGCUACGCAAACUCUUGGGCUGCCUGUGGGACAACAUCUCAUGAUCAAGCUCAGAGACGCCAAAGGCGAAGUGAUAGUUCGGCCCUACACACCCCUCUCGGACGAUACGUCGGCGGGCACCGUUGAGGUCCUCGUAAAAGUCUACUUCGAGGAACUCGAAAAGGGCACGAAGGGCGGAGAGAUGACUCUAGCGCUGGACGCUUUGUCACUUGGACAGCAAGUCGACUUCAAAGGCCCAAUAGGAAAAUUCACAUAUCUGGGUGGGGGUCAGAUCUCGCUGGAGGGAAACACUCGCACCGUCAGGUCGAUGACCAUGAUAUGCGCCGGCUCCGGUAUUACGCCCAUCUACGCAGUGCUACGGGCCAUCAUACAAGACGCCACAGACCCAACCAAAUGCGUGGUUAUCGAUUCGAACAGACAGGAGGGCGAUAUUCUCUGCCGGCAGGAGCUCGAUGCUCUGCACGAAGCAAACAGGGCCCGGAUGACCCUGGUGCACACCCUGACUGCGGGAGAGGAGAGCUGGACUGGAAGGAGGGGGAGAAUCAACAGGGGCUUGGUGGAGGAGGUGGGCAGUGGCGCGGAUCUAUGGUUAGUCUGUGGGCCGGAGGGCAUGGAGGAUGGGGUACGAAAGAUUUUUGCGGAUAUGGGGGUAUCCAAGACGGAUGUCGUGUUUUUCUAA